AUGGAUCCCGAACAAAACUUGCCCAAGUUGCCUUUCACCCCCAUUGAGCACUCUACCCAGCCCCAAGUACAGCAACAGCAGCCUUCGCAAUCAUCACUGGGGUUUGAAGACAACGGAGAUCGUCCACAGACUCGGUCAUCGGCGGAUGAGAAGCACCUACUUGGCAAUGUCAGUUCAGAGAGACAUUCACCGGCUCGUGGUCGCAACGAUCCAUAUGCAGAUUUUGAGCCUGUCCCUCAGGCUCCUCCACCUACGAGAAGCCGGGAUGGUCAUGUGAUGCGCGGAUUGUCGCGGCGCACCAUUUCAGGUCAAGCUCCCAUCAGCGCUUCUGGCCUUGGCUGGAUAGUGCCUGUCGAAGAGAAACCUCACCGACGGACUAUAGAAGAGCGACUUCGUCCAACUAUUCGUAAUGCGGAGAGUGAGAGGGAACGAUACGCUAUAAAAGCAAAAAUGACAGGCUGGGCAUUGAACGUCGCGAUAGGUUUACAAGUUUUGCUUGGGGCGCUUACUACGGGUCUUUCAGCGGCACUGUCCGGUAAGCAGAUUUCGGUCGUUGUCUCUGUUCUUGGUGGCAUGUCGACCAUAGUUGCUUCCUAUCUUGCUCGCGCAAGGGGAUCAAAUGAACCAGAACUAUCUAUUGCUCGCGUGAAGGACCUGGAUCAAUUUUUAAGAGUCUGCCUUGCCUUUGAAAUGGAUCAUGGACAUCAAUAUGGAACACCCGAAAAUGGGCUGAAUCAUCAGCUCGAGUAUCUCAGAAGAAGGUUUGAGGAACUUCUUGGAAAUGCUGAUGGGCAGCGAAAGCUUUCCUCACCAGGGCCUAUAGCUCCAAAUGUCUCCACUCUGAAACAGCAGCUUUCCCCACCUGUUUGA